UCAGCUGAAAUCAAGUGUAGAUGCUUCACCGACUGAGCCACCCAGGCACCCCAGUAUCUUCAUCUUUUGAAUGGAAUUUCUAGGAUUCAUUGAGAUGUGCCUGUAAAAAAAUUUUAUGCAAAAAUUGUAUGUAAAAAAAUUUAUGCAAAAAUUGGCAGACAGUAAGUGCUCAAUAAGUGGUAACUCCUGAAUUUGGGGAGAUAGGGGGAGGUGAGGGAACUGGGCUGGAAGCUACAUCUCGCCUAUUCUGGCCCCUUCCAGACUUAUCCACCACCCCAUCUCUGCCCCAUCCUCUUGUGCAUUCCAAAUUUAUGUCUCCCUGCACAUAUGGAUGGGAAGACUGUCUCUAUUCCAUGGGACUUCCAGCACCCUUGUAUGAUCAGGAUUUCUCAUUUGUCUCCCCUGUACUCCUGGGCUGGUUGAUGGGGACUGAUAUGUGAGAAUGGGAACUCCUCCAGAGGUAAUGGAGAAGUUCAGGAAAUCUGGAACUGGGGCCUAAUGCCCCCAUUCUGUGACCCUGUGUACCUUUUGAGUCUACUUUAGUCUCCCUUCUAAUACCAUAUGAAUCAGCUGAACCCUACCCAUGCCCUUUAAGCCCAAGAUGUGAGUUUUCUGAGGGUCUUUACCUUGUUCCUCAAAAUUUGCAUAAAAUGUCUCUCACCCUGGGUGGCUCCAGAGCAAGUCUUCUGCUGGUUCCCUCACCAAGUUUCUGGUUGCUUUACCCUCCUCAGGUCCAAGGCUAAUGGUGACCUCUUCAUUCCCUUACCAAUUCUAGGCUGGACCAUGGCAAUGCCCUCCUAACCUUUUCAAUUCUUGGACCCUUCAAUCUAAUCCACAUAGAAGCUCAGGAAAUCUUUCUGAAAUUCAAUCAAAUCACUUAGGAAAAUAUCUAAGCUCUGAUGUUCAAGGCCUCUAAUAUCUGAAUACUUUUCAUACCUAUGUUUCUGUUUUACUCACACACACAUACUUAUGAGUGUAUUUUGAAAAGCAUUUGAAGAAAUACUGUCUUCUGUUCUGGGAACAGCUGCAUGGCCCAUCCCUGCAAGGCGAGGCCUGCCUGGACCCAGCCUUGAAGAAAACCGCAGUGGCAACUGGGUGAUUUCCUUUCCUGCCAUUGUCCAACUCAGUGGGACUUCGGCUGACGUCCUCCCUUCUCUGGCACACACCCCAGCUCCCAAGGAAGAACCUGGUUUUUAUCUUAAGGCUGGUUAUUUACUUCAUCAUGACCAAGAAUCUUUCCAGCAGCUUGAGGGGAAGGGAGAAUCCUUUUUAAAAAAAAUUUAAUGUACUUUACCAUUUUAAUGGAUUAUAGGGGAAAGCAGAGGCUGACCUUUUUUUUAUAUUGAGAUAUAAUUGAUAUAACAUUAUAUUAGUUUCAGGUGUACAGUGUAAUGAUUGGAUAUUUCUGUGUAUUGCAAAGUGAUCAUCAUAGUAAGCCCAGUUAACCUCCAUCACCAUACGUAGUUACCAAAAAAAAAAAUAUUUUUCUUGCAAUGAAAACAUUCAAGAUCUACUCUCCUGGCUACAUACAAAUACACAAUAGUUUUAUUAACAAUAGUUACCAUGCUGUACAUUACAUCCCUGUAACUUACUAAUUUUAUAAUUGGAAACUUGUACCUUUUGACUCCUUCAUCCAUCAGGGUAUGGGAGAAUUCAUGGCUUUAAGUGACAAGCCCUGAGCUUGGCUGGGGUUGGUCUUGGAUGAGGAAUGGGAAAAGACAGAAGAGGGGGUCCUGUCCCUGAGAAUUCCCAGUCUGAUGAACAGGAAGAGAUUGAGCCUCUGUACUCUGUAUCCUUAUGCUGUUUUUCUCUCCUUAGCCCCCUUUUCCCAGCAAGACAUGAAUUGGGAGGGGAAAGAAAAGGGAGGGGGGUAAACAUGGAGUAAGGCACAGAGCUGAUCUCACUGGGUACCUAUAGCACAACCUGGAGGGGGCAGCAGCGGGCCUGACACAGUCCUCCUCUAGAAGGGAAGGGACAGGUUGGGCCACAAUCUGGACCAAUAGAGAUGUAAGCCUCUGCUCCCCAAACAUGGGGUCCCCACUUGGUGGGGGUCUCAUACCUGCACAUGUAUUUCAGUUGAAAUUUUACCAUCAAAACUACCAUUAUAACUUCAUUCCUUUGGGUCUUCAAUUCCGCAAAGAAGUGCAUACUAUGGGAGUGUCAGGUAGUGUGUCUGAGAGUCAAGAGGGCAUUUUAGUUUUCCAGAGCGCACCCUGGUGAAGAUAAGUCUGGUAAACGCUUCUUCACCCUCGGGUGGUGGAGGCGGCACUGGGGAAAACAACUGGAGCUCCAAGAGGAGCCUCUCAGGUGUAGGUUGGGAAGCAGGAUGGUAUUUAUAGCCCGGGAGGUGAUUAGGGAAGACUUCCAGGAGGACAUGCUCUGGAGCUUGGAGGGCCUGAGAUUGAAGGGAAACUGUGGUCUCGGUCCUGCACUCGGGGUGAGCCGGCCAGAAGCAAGGUGGCUGUGCUGCCAGAGCCGAGUCAGCUGGCACGUCCGGUUCAGUUCUACUUUCCCGCCUCACCCACCUCCCACCACAGGCCCUGGUCCCACCUGGCUGGGAAUCCUUCCUGCAGAGAUGAGACGAAUGUAAUUUAUGGGGCUCCCCUCACCAAGAAAAGAACACCACUACCAACAAAAGACAGAAAGGGAAAGAGCAGGAAUAUCUGCAGAAGUGAAAAAACAAUGCAUCAUCUGAAGGGGGCAUGUCAUCAAGAAUUUAUAGAAAAUCAUUCACAAAAAUGACGUCCUGGUUGUAUGAAUGUCUUUGUGAAGCUGAACUUGCACAGUAUUAUCCUCAUUUUACUGCCCUUGGCCUUCAAAAAAUAGAUGAAUUAGCCAAGGUUACAAUGAAGGACUACUCCAAAUUGGGAGUCCGUGACAUGAAUGACCGCAAACGUCUCUUCCAACUUAUCAAAAUCAUUAAAAUUAUGCAGGAAGAAGAUAAAGCAGUCAAUAGCCCCGAGCAUCCUCUUCAGACAGACAGCUUGUGUAGUAAGCCUCGGGAAUCCAGAUCUGGCCCUCGCAGACAACUGCAUUUUGAUUCUCCUGCUGACAACAAAGACAGAACUACCAGCAACAGUGGGUUUGAAAGGCACAGUUUAUCAGAUUUUUCUGCAAAUGAACAGAAGUCUAGUUACCUAAAAGUGCUGGAGCACAUGCUGCCAGAUGAUUCCCACUACCAUACAAAAACAAGAAUUCUGAGUGCUGCAGCUGCUGGUUCCUAUGUGCAAACAGAAACUAACACUUCACUCUUUUCAUCAAAUCACUAUUCUCCACUCCUGGGGGAUUGUGAUGGUCCCAUUAUUCAAAGAGUCUCUCAUGUUUCAGGGUAUAACUAUGGAAUCCCUCAUUCUUGUAUCAGACAGAACACCUCAGAGAAAGAGAAUCCUUGGACUGAGAUGGAGAAAAUCAGAGUUUGUGUUCGAAAACGCCCUCUGGGCAUGAGGGAGGUACGUCGUGGAGAAAUUAAUAUUAUUACCGUAGAAGACAAAGAAACUCUACUUGUUCAUGAGAAGAAAGAAGCAGUUGACCUUACACAAUAUAUUCUGCAGCAUGUUUUUUAUUUUGAUGAAGUCUUUGGUGAAGCAUGCACCAAUCGGGAUGUAUACAUGAAGACUACUCACCCACUCAUUCAGCAUAUUUUCAAUGGAGGCAAUGCCACUUGCUUCGCAUAUGGACAGACAGGUGCUGGGAAGACCUAUACCAUGAUAGGAACUCAUCAGAACCCAGGACUCUAUGCCCUGGCUGCCAAAGACAUCUUCAGGCAACUAGAAGUGUCCCAGCCGAGAAGGCCCCUCUUCGUGUGGAUCAGCUUCUAUGAAAUCUACUGUGGACAACUUUAUGACCUCUUAAAUAGAAGGAAAAGGCUCUUUGCAAGAGAAGAUAGCAAGCACGUGAUACAGAUAGUGGGACUGCAAGAGCUUCAGGUGGAUAGUGUGGACCUCCUCUUAGAGGUGAUUCUGAAGGGCAGCAAGGAGCGCAGCACUGGGGCCACUGGAGUUAAUGCGGACUCCUCCCGCUCCCAUGCUAUCAUCCAAAUUCAGAUCAAGGAUUCAGCCAAGAGGACAUUUGGCAGGAUCUCUUUUAUUGACUUGGCUGGCAGUGAAAGAGCAGCAGAUGCCAGAGACUCAGACAGACAGACAAAGAUGGAAGGCGCAGAAAUAAACCAGAGUCUUCUGGCUCUGAAGGAAUGUAUCCGUGCAUUGGAUCAGGAACACACCCACACUCCCUUCAGGCAAAGCAAAUUAACUCAGGUCCUGAGGGAUUCUUUCAUUGGUGAUGCCAAAACCUGCAUGAUCGCCAACAUCUCACCAAGCCAUGUGGCCACCGAACACACUCUGAAUACCUUGCGUUAUGCUGACCGGGUCAAAGAACUAAAAAAAGGCAUUAAAUGUUGUACUUCAGCUACAAGUCGAAAUCAGACCUCUGGAAACUCUUCUCCAAAAAGAAUUCAGAGCUCCCCUGUGGCCCUGCCAGGGGACAAGUGUUCUCCCAAAAAGGUCAAGCUGGGGCUUCAGCAGUCAUUCAUGGCAGCUCCUGGCUCCAUGAAAGGGAAGGCCUAUCCUCUGGCCAGCCACCCACCCAACAUCCCUUUUGCACCUGUACCUAAAGUUCCUGGUAAGACAGGUUCAUCCAGAGGGAGUCCUCCCCAGGAGUGGGUCGUUCAGACCAGCCCUGUCAAAGGAGCCACGCAGUCUAGACAUUCAGCCAAAAAAAGGGCAGAAGAGUCUGCACCCUUGUGCUGUGAGAAAAAUCAAAUGGGCAACAGAACUGCCCGCAGGUGGGGAAGCAAGGCCGCCGGCCCAGGAGAAGCCCCAGCACGUGGGAAGCUACCCUCCAAGUGCAAGACAGUGCAGCCUGUGCAGCCCGUGCAGCGGCAGCUGGUGUCACGGGCCGAGCUCUCCUCUGGCAGCCUCCACCACUUAGCAAAAUCUGGGCAGGGCAGCAAGGGGAGCACACCUGCCAGGCCUGCCUCGGAAGUGUGGACAGACAUCCCUCCACAUCAGAAAGAGAGGGAGGAACAUUUGCGCUUCUAUCAUCAGCAGUUCCAGCAGCCACCUCUCCUCCAGCAGAAGUUCAACUACCAACCACUGGAAAGGUUUUUAUGCCAGUACAGGCCCCUGGAGGGGCAGUUCCAGAAUGAGACCCCUCUCCCCUUCUGCUCUUACUCUGAGAGCCAGGAUGGAGCCCAUGCUGAGGAUCUUGAUGACAGCGAUUUCAGUGAAGAUUCUUUUUCACAUGUCUCCAGUCAGAGGACCACAAAGCAGAGAAACACCCUAGAGAAUAGCGAAGGCUCCUUCUUCCUUCAUCAGAGGGAGGAAGGCCCUGCGGAGGUGGCCGAAAGGCAGCAGAGUCUGCUUUUUAACCCCAGGACAGAUGGUGACGAGAAGGGUCCAACUGGAAACUGGAUGUACUCUAGGAACCCCACAAAUUACAGAGGAGCAGCUCUCAGUCAUGGCCACGGCUCAAGUAAGGUGACUUUAGACUGCAGCAGAGAGGAGUCUUCCUCCUUGGAGCUUUCCCCCAGAGACAACCCAACAGAGAACCCUUACUGCUCACAAGUAGACUUUGUAUGUGGCCAGAAAGGUGGUGGACACCCAUCCUCUGAACUCAGACAGAAUGCUUUCAGAAGUGAGGUUCCUGGGCAGGCUGAGGGUAGUUCACUACCCCCAGAAGAAGACAGUUUCAUUUUCUCACUAUCCCAUGAGGCAUUUCCAGGAUCUCCAGACCAAAGAGAGACAGUCAGCACACCUCUGAGAGAAGUUGGCCAAGACAGCCCAACUCUGGUGACCGAAACCAUGAAAAACAGUUACCCUUACCAAGAAGACAACUGUAGAGGGGAGUCAGGCACAUGUUCUGAAUAUGCUUCUGGACUGAUGGCUCCCCUCACUGUGUCCCUCCUGGAGAACACAGACGAUGAGGGCCCUCUUCCCUUGGAACGGCUGGCCCAGGAUGGCCUUGCUCACAGUCCAGUGGCAGCAGGGGGCCCACCUGUGGGCGACACAGUGUCAUCUGGUGAUCAGAAAGCACUCCUGCCAGUGUCUUCAGCAGCUGGGCACUUGUGGCUCUCAUCAUCUCCCCCUGACAAUAAGCCAAAUGGUGAUCUUCCAGCUCUGUCCCCAUCACCCAUCCGUCAGCACCCACCUGAGACGUUGCCCAUCAGUGAGACUGACCCAGGGGAGGUCUGCCAGAGCAGAGAGCCUGUACUAUCCUCCCAGGAACACUCAAGUAGCCAGCGGUGUGAUGCUGAUGCUGAGGCGGCAGAGCUGAGCAGCUCCCAGGGUUUUCCAGGAAAGCCCUUCCCCCACAUACAUAUUGGAGGACCCCACUCUGCACCUCUACUCACUGCACGAACAGAAAGCAGUGUUAUGGCUGACCAGCCCUGGGCCCAAGAACGAAAAUCUCCAAAAGGACUUGGUUGGCAGGAGCUAAGUCUGCUGAGAGACCCCAUCAAGUUGCCCUGCUACAACAGCAACAUCAUGUGGCUCAAAUACAGGCCGAUCCCAAGGUGCUUAGCAAGACCAGGCUCUCCCCUGACCCCUGGAAGCUCUCCAGAGACUGCAGGGACACUCCCUCAGCUCACCCUGGGGCCUGCACAGCAGGUGGUCAUCCGAGCACACCAGGAACAACUGGAUAAAAUGGCAGAACUGGUCUUCAAGGAGGAGACCCUGAUGAGUCAGCUGGCUCUUCAUGAUUUUGAAGAUUUUGUGACCCAGCUGGAUGAAAUCCUGGCUCUGAAAUCCCAGUGCAUCCAGGGUCUGAGGAGCCAGCUUCAGCUAUACCGGGCCUGCCACAGGCCAGCCACAGCCCCUGAGAGGACAGUGGUGGCUUAGAACAAGACCCGGUAUAAGAUGGAAUAAUGUAUGGUUUUGUGCUGCUGAAACUACACCAAGAAUUAAGCCGGACAAAUAAAGGAACCUUGCUGCGCCUGCAACUUUUUUGUGCAACAAAAUCAGAUAUUCUUCAGGGUCAUAACGAGUUGCAACUUUUGUAUCAAUCCAUCUUUCAACACUAAUUUGAAUUCCAACCUCCCCUUCUCCCUCUAUUUGUAGAAAACUGCACAAUUCUUAGUAGUGAGCAAAAAAGAAACUGCAGGAUUAAAAUCUGUAGGUUUAGGGCACCUGGGUGGCUCAGUGGGUUAAGCCUCUGCCUUCGGUUCGGAUCAUGAUCUCAGGGUCCUGGGAU